UCCAUGGGGGAAGCGAAGACACUCCAUCAUCUCGCAGCGAGAGUGCGAGAGAGAGUGAGAGAGAGUGAGCGAGAGGGAGGGAUCGAGAAACGGGCGCCGCAGGGUGAGAGGGCUAUCACUCGUGCGCUUGAUUCCGCCAGAUCACGCGCACGCUGCUCGCACCCUCACUCGUUGCACAUGCGCGCAUCCCUCGUUUCCUCUUUUCUCGCUUGAGUCGCUCAGUGUUGUGGUCGUUCGCGGCCUUUUUGAGACACAUUUGUGAGGUUUUCGCCACAGGGCGACCGUGAGCAGGGGAGGGAGGAUUCGAGGUCGACAUCAGCGUGAGAGAGCCGAUUGCAGCGAUGGGGGACGCAAUGGAGACGUGCGUGGUAACUGGCGGGCGAGGGUUCUUGGCCAAGUGCGUCGUACAAAAGCUGUUGGAGGAGGGGCGCUUCGUGGUCCGGAUCGUGGAUCUGGCGCCGAGCAUCCAACUGACACCCGAAGAGGAGGCGGCUGGGGUAAUGCGUCAUGCGCUGGACACCGGGCGUGUACAGUACGUGUCGUGCGACAUUCGGAGUGAGGACCAGGUGGUGGAGGCGCUGCGUGGAGUUUCGGUGGUGUUUCACAUGGCUGCACCUAAUACUUCCAUUAACGUCUUUAAACUGCAUUUUGAUGUUUCUGUGACCGGGACGAGGAACGUGAUCAAGGCCUGUCUGGAAUGUGGCGUGAAGAAGCUUGUGUAUACGAGCUCUCCUAGCAUUGUGUUCGAUGGUGUGCAUCCCCUUGUUAAUGUUGACGAAUCUGCUCCGAUCUGUGACAAGUUUAAUGACUACUACUCCGAUUGCAAGGCACAGGGUGAGGCUUUGGUGUUGAGCGCUAAUGGAAAAAACGGCCUCCUUACAUGUGCCAUCCGGCCUAGCGGGAUCUUUGGACCUGGGGACAGGCUGACUGUGCCUGCAUUUGCGAAGUCUGCGAGAGCUGGGAAACUGAAGUUUAUUCUUGGUGAUGGUAAAAACAUGUUUGAUUGGACAUUCGUGGAGAACGUCGCCCAUGCGCAUUUGUGUGCUGAGAGGGCUUUGGUGCCUGUGGAAUUCUCUGGAGAGCACGUUGUAUCUGGAAAGGCCUUCUUUAUCACGAACCAGGAACCAAUUCCAUUCUGGGAUUUUCUGACGAAAAUUAUUACCGGACUUGGUUACCCUAAGCCGAAGUUCAACAUUCCAGCCCCGCUCGUGCUCACCAUUGCCGAAGCUUACGACAGCUUAGCGAAGGUGCUGGCCCCUCUUGGCGUGAAGCCGGCGGUCAAUUUCAAUCCUGUGCGGCUGCGCUUAGUCACUGUAACCAGAACCUUUAACUCCAAUCGAGCUGCUCAGCUUCUGGGGUACAAGCCCAUCGUAUCUUUGGAGGAAGGAAUACGGAGGACCAUCGAAGCGUAUCCAGAACUGAGAGCCGAGGCAGAGGAUCCAGAUAUCGCGGACAGAGAGAUCGAAGUGCCAUCUAAGAUGAAAUCGGCGCUCGGGGGUGGUGCCGUGGCUGAUGCAUUGUUGUGGAAGAAUGGCAAGAAGAGCGCUGGACUGUUCUUUGCACUUUUCUUCUUCCUUUACUCCUUCUACAGUUCAGGCACUACUCUGGUCUCUGCAUUGACAUACAACUUAUGUGUAGCAUUGAUUGCCGUCUUUGUCUACAACCUUCUGCCGGAUCCAUUUUUCCAGAUCUCAUUACCCAAGAUCCCCUCUUCAUCGUUCGAGAUAUCUGAGGAUGGCGUGAAGGUUGUAGCUCUUCAAUUUCGAUCGCAUUGGAAUUGUGUCUGCUCGAUCCUGGAGAGGAUAGUGGUACAACGAGAUUUCUCUCUGUUUUUCAAGGUCAUGGUUCUGCUGCGUGUUGUGAAAUUCUUCGGGAGAUUCUCCUUUCAGAGUUUACUCUUUAUGGGACUGUUUGCUGCUUUCACCGCGCCCUUUAUGUACGAACAGAACGAGGAGGAGUUCGACAAGCUCUGCGCACUCGUAUUGGAGACCUUCAACUCUUACUACGGACUUGUCACCAGUAAAUUGCCUCCGAGUAUUCAAGGGCGGUUGAAUUUGAAGAAGGUGCAGUAGUUAAAUUGUACCAGCUUCAUGUUUUUGAUUUCAGCAGAUGUAGGAGCGCUUUCUAACAGCUCAAAAUUCGCGGUUUAAUGUGUAAUCUCUGAGGUGUUUUCCACUGAGUGUAUGUUAUGGACUUGUCGCCUGCAAACCAUCAGAGUAGUUUGUGUAGGCGGUUUACCAUGCCCAACGAGAACAAGUGGUGUAACCACUCUUAGAAGUGCACAUGCAUUGCAGUAGAGUGCCCCUAUGUAACAAUUAGCCUGAAUUAUUUUUUGUUUCUCAUAGCCAGAGAUGGUGAGCAGCUUGAUGACGAAAUAAUGUUAGUUACCAAUGAGCAAGAAGUCAGGCUAAGAUCACUGUACUUCAUCAACAUGUAAUUUUGAAUGUCUCUCGUCUAUGAUGGCACUUGAAAUUUAUUAAUCGAUCCAAACAU